AUGCUUGUGUGGUUGAAGUGUGUUGCGUUACCAGUUCGCUGCGGCGAACGGCUCCUCCAAUGUCAGAGUGGCGCCAUUGAGAAAGGCGGGUGGCUGAACGAGAGGAAUGAGUGUGUUGGCUCGAGUGCCGAGCCGAAACGGGAUGAAAGCGGCCCCGGGGCAUAUGUCUGGCUUGACCGGAGCGUCCUCACCAGCCGGCCGCUGAUACAACAGCAACAAAGCCGUCGUGGCAUCGUGUCCUUCAACUGUCAAGGCCUCAACGGCCGUCGGAGCUUGCCGGUGCGAGUAUUGGCUGGUUUUGGAAGGCCACAUGAUGAAGAAACGGCAGAAGUGACCCACGGCAGCCAAAUACCGCUGUUCCCUGGCGAGCGCCUCAUCGUGAACGGGCGCAAAUCCUUCACCACAUCAUGCCUUGAUGUCGGAUAUGGAAUCAUCUCUCCGCAUCCAGUGCGCAUCCCGACCAUGAACGGUGCCGCAGGUGAAAUGGGUGAGGUACUACAUAACCAGAAGUUGGAAGAGGAAACCGCCGCCUUCAAGAUCAAGAAAGCUCCAACUGGUCCGUGCGCGCGCCUCGGGGGCGCUCAUGGCCGGACGACGCUGAUAGGCUGUACCGAAUGCCCCGCCCACUCAAGCUUCAGAGACAAGAACUCGAUCUCGGUACUGUAG